AUGCCCAUGGAGCUCAGGUUGACUCCGGCAAGGAGAAAGCGGCGACGUAAAAUUGUUGCCGCCAUGAUAUUGCAGGACCUGCAGAAGCUAUGUGUAAGGGCCCUAAAGCUGCGCGAGGACGAGCGAGUGACCGUGGCCGAGCCAUCCGCUGAAACGGCCAGUCCCUUUCAUUCCAUAUUUGCUCUGGAGGUCGGCUGCGGCGAUUGCGACAAAGCAACGGGGGAUUCUUAUCAAGGAACGUGCUUCCUACUCAGCGAUCUGAACAGUGCAGCUACCAAGGAUUACAUCAUCUUCGCCACUGCCGCACAUAAUCUGGUCUGCAACCGUUGCGGCGACUGGCUCUGGGUACGAAUCUACAAAGAUCUCUCCGCGCCUCCCCUGACCAGCGAAGAGAUAUCCCGCAAGAACGAUUAUGGCGGGUUGAUCGUUCCUACCUGGUACAAGAACAACGCCAAGGAUCCGGAGAAGACUAACGAGAAAUAUCUACACGACUAUGGGAUAAUAGCGGUCAAGACGAGCAAAGUUUGUCCGUUGGUGAAAUGGGCAGAUAAGCUUCUUGGCGUUGCAACCCAGUGCAAGAAGGAGGAAGGCGUCCGCAUGUGCGGAUACCCAACCUACACCCUGUAUGGUGGCAUAGAAAAGCCGGCCAAGAAAUGCAAAUACUGGGUUAAGGAGGACCGCCUUGCUACGUUUGCAGAGCACGACCAUCACCUUCACCACUUUGUUGAUUCUACCGGUGGGCAAAGUGGCUCGCCCGUCUUCCUUCUGCCCAAAGGAGGCGAAGCUGAGACGGCCUCUGCUACUGGCUAUGUUGUGGGGAUUCACAUCGCCGGUAGUAAAGAGCAUAAUUACGCUGUGAAGAUCCGGGACGAGCAUGGACACGACACAAAGCCAAUGGCGGACCUCCGAGAAUGGGCGAAGAAUCCAUCGGCAUUCUUACCAGAAGAAAGCGUUGCAGUUGUUUGUUCCGAGAAAUCAGUCAAGCCCGGGGUCAUGCCGUCGGAACAGAUCGGUUUGCAUGGUGGUCGACUAGUUAUUAGCGGACCGGAGGAACCCAAGAAGAUGUACGAGUCUCUCGACAUGAACCCAUGGGAGAGUGUCGCCUUCAAAGAACUUCUGCCUUACCUGGUUUCCACGCUUAUUCCACUUGAUAUGCGUCUCCAUUGUCAGGAUAAGAAGUUGAUUACGCAUUCAGAGCGUCUAAAAUUUGCAUCAUGCAAUGACCUUGCAGCGCAGAAUGAGGCAUUGUUCAAAGCACUACGCGUGGGUAAUGACGAAUCCUUCCACAAACUCCUUGAAUGCAUCCGUCAAGUCGAGCCAUCAGCCAGCGUGAGAAUGUUAUUGGACGAGCUGGAACCCCUCGACAAGUUCGGGGCAGCCCGGCAGCACUGAUGAGGCCGCAUUAGCGUCUGCAGGAGCAUCUGCUGCUGAUCCAUUGGGAUGGUGGUGAUGAUGGUGGUGAUGAUUGAUCAACACUGGAUCGCGGCGAGAAUCUGUUCUGUCUGUCUCUCUCUUCCUGUCUGUCUGCUUGUUCGUCUUUCUUUCCAUUUUUCUGCUUCACCUCAGACUCUAGACUGAGCUCUCUCCCUCACUUUCUCUCACUCUCGCUUGCUCUCGCUCUCACCCAGUCUCUCGCUCCCACUCACUCAUUACGUCGCGAUAUUCUUCAUUUGCCUGCUGCAUUCGCUAUCGUAAGCACUACUUCCUUUGAAUAUGCCUUUCUUCUUCUUCUUGGUCUUGGUAUUUUAAUUGCCACAUGACGCGCUAGAGACUGCUUUCCCUUAGCUUCGACUUUGCUCCUUUUAUUGGUACAUGAUCACAAAGUAUUUUUUCACUCCUCGGUAGUGCAGCACCGUGGGCGCCGCGUGCUCAGGCAAAGUGGCACGGAACCAGAAUGCUGGAUUUCCCCGCGCGUGCCCUUCGCUCCAUGCACAGUACCUGACCCAUGUGUAGAGUCUAGAUAGAUUGUCUGAGUUGUGUUGCAUUGUCAUUCAAUUUCUUUUUAUUCUCAAAAACAUGUAUCUCUACAUUCUAUCUCUGUGACUUAGAACCUCGCUUUAGGUCUGUAUUUGACUAUUUGAGCUUAGACACUGCUGGAAAAGCAGUGCACUAGUCUGACGUCAUCAUGUCGAAUAGCGGAACAUGUUGUAAAAAUUCUUUUCCGGUUGAACCGGUAUACUCAUAGAAUUAUCAGCUUCUGCGCGGCCUCAUUUCUGCCUAUCCUUUUUCACUUUGGCUGCCCUUUUUCACUUUUUUGCAAUGCUUUUUCAAAUGGCAACUUCUUUAAUUUUUCUAAGGAAGUGCAAUUUUCACAGCAGCCAUUUUCACAAAUAAUUGCUGUUGCCGGUUGAACCGGUAUGCGUAAUCACAUUCUGCUCGUCUUAUAUUCCUGCAUUUGCUUUUCAUUUUUACUGUCUCUUUGCCUUCGUACUUCUAUUUUCAAAGCACCUUUUUAUUUCAUUUUUCAAGGCACCGCAAUUUCCGAAGCAGCCAUUUAUAUAAAUGAUUUCUACUUUCCUAAAGCACUGCCA